AUGCCAAUUAUAUAUGAUGAAGAACAAAAACUCAUCAAGGGUUGUGGAUGUGGUGGAUGUUGCCAGUUUGUUCAUAGGGUUAGAGAUUUUAGGGGAUUGGGAGAGAGCCCAUGUUCUCUUUUCGUGGGUCUUGGCCAAUACCUUGGAUAUUUCAAAGAGUCGCAACAUUCGGUUGCAUGCAAGGUGUUUCAUGAAAUUAUUGUGGAAGACAGUCACCUUGAUGACCGUGCUUAUUGUAAUGGGUUGGUUGAGAGGACUAAAGAUAAGGGUUUAUUGCCGAGCAUUGUGACUUACAAUGUGAUGCUUGAUGUUUAUGGACGAAAGGGGCGAUCUUGGGGGAAGGUUUUGGGUCUUUUGGAUGAGACGGGGAGUAAUGGGUUGGUUCUCGACGAGUUCACUUGUAGCACUGUGAUAGCUGCUUGUGGGAGAGUAGAGUUGUUACAGGAGGCGAUGGAGUUCUUCAAACAAUUGAAGUCUCAAGGCUAUGUUCCAGACACUGUAGCUUAUAAUUAUCUACUUCAAGUAUUUGGGAAGGCUGGAAACUACCCUAAGGAAUUGAGAAUUCUGAAAGAAAUGGAGGAAUGCAAUUGUGAAGCUGAUGAUAUAACUUACGAUGAGUUAGAUGCUACCUAUGCUAGAGUUGUCAUAAGUGUUUAUGGGAAAGCUGAGAGAGAGGAUGAGGUAUUGGAUUUGUUCUACAGGAUAAAGGAAUUGGGCUGUGUUCCUAAUGUUUGCACUUUUGACACUGUUCUUGGCUUGCCGGGAAAGAAAUUGAUGUCAGGAGAGAUGUUGGAGGUUCUUCUUGAGAUGAAAUCUAAUGCUUACGGUCGUUGUGGAUCGCAUUCUCGUGCUUUGAAUAAGUAUGAUGAGAUGGCUAAAGUUGGAUUUAGCCCUUGUCUUACAACAUACAAUGCUUUGUUGAAUGCAAUUACAAGAAAUCGUGAUUGGAGAGCUGCAGAGUCAGUUAUGGAUGAUAUGAGGAAGAAGGGUUUCAAGCCAAAUGAGCUAUAUUACUCACUUUUGCUCCGAAAUCAUGCAUAG